CUCCUCCUCCUCCUCCUCCUCCUUCUCCUCCUCCUCCUCCUUCUCGCAGGCUGUGGUUUUUCUGUAUGUGUUUCUGGAGUCCUGAGCCUGAGCUAAACAAAAGCAGGAGGCUGACGGGGCUGCCGGAGUUUGCAGAGACACGGAGAAGGAGAGAGCCUGUGCUCUGCCUGCCGCCGCGGCCGGGGGAGAUCUGGCUUUUGCAACAGCCCACCCCCUUUGAGAUCACUCUGGCCCGGAGUGGGGGUGGGGGGCAGCGGGGGGUGGGGGGGAAAGUUUGCAUUGCAAUCCCCCUGCCUUCCUCUCCUUUCUCCCGAUCAAUGCAUAUUUGCAAAAGGAUUAAGCCACAGAUUUAAGCGCCGGGAGCCCAUUUCUGCCUUGCAAAGGAGACCGGACUGAAAAACCAAAAGCCAGCUCUGAUUUCUUUUCGUCAAGUGGGAAGGUGGUUUAUUUUUCUUGCUUUUUGGAGUCAACACCCUUCCCCACCAGCCCUUAUCCCCACCCUCACCCCGCAACCCCUUCACGCCCCCCUCCCCCUCCCCACUCCCCAUCCUCCCACCAGCCUCUAAAAGAGGCAAAGGGAUUUUUUUUUUUCUUUUGGUCUUCUUUUUUUCCCCCUUCCCUGUUUAUCCUGAAAAGGAUCUGAAGCCAGCUUGAAGGAUAAAAAGCCUUGGUGCUGCCCAGGAGCCGAGCCGAGGAGCAGAAGAGGAAGAGCCGGGGGCUGCCGUUGCCUUUGGAGAUGGACGAGCAGCCCAGGCUGAUGCAUUCCCAUGCUGGGGUCGGGAUGGCCGGACACCCCGGCCUGUCCCAGCACUUGCAGGACGGGGCCGGAGGGACCGAGGGGGAGGGCGGGAGGAAGCAGGACAUUGGAGACAUUUUACAGCAAAUUAUGACCAUCACAGACCAGAGUUUGGAUGAGGCGCAGGCCAGAAAACAUGCUUUAAACUGCCACAGAAUGAAGCCUGCCUUGUUUAAUGUGUUGUGUGAAAUCAAAGAAAAAACAGUCUUGAGUAUCCGGGGAGCCCAGGAGGAGGAGCCGACAGACCCCCAGCUGAUGCGACUGGACAACAUGCUGCUGGCGGAGGGGGUGGCAGGCCCCGAGAAGGGCGGUGGCUCAGCGGCGGCGGCGGCGGCAGCGGCGGCUUCGGGGGGCGCGGGCUCAGACAACUCAGUGGAGCACUCUGACUACAGAGCCAAGCUGUCCCAGAUCAGACAGAUCUACCACACGGAGCUGGAGAAGUACGAGCAGGCGUGCAACGAGUUUACCACCCACGUGAUGAACCUCCUGCGGGAGCAGAGCCGGACCAGGCCCAUCUCCCCGAAGGAGAUCGAGCGGAUGGUCAGCAUCAUUCACCGCAAGUUCAGCUCCAUCCAGAUGCAGCUCAAACAGAGCACGUGUGAGGCCGUCAUGAUCCUGCGCUCCCGGUUUCUGGACGCGCGGCGGAAGAGACGGAAUUUCAACAAGCAAGCGACGGAAAUCCUGAAUGAAUAUUUCUAUUCCCAUCUCAGCAACCCUUACCCCAGUGAGGAAGCCAAAGAGGAGUUAGCCAAGAAGUGUGGCAUCACAGUGUCCCAGGUGUCAAACUGGUUUGGAAAUAAACGAAUCCGGUACAAGAAGAACAUAGGUUCUUCCAGUUCUUUUAACAUGUCAAACUCUGGAGAUUUGUUCAUGGGCGUGCAGUCACUCAAUGGGGACUCUUACCAAGGGGCCCAGGUUGGAGCCAACGUGCAGUCACAGGUGGAUACCCUUCGCCAUGUUAUCAGCCAGACAGGAGGAUACAGUGACGGACUCGCAGCCAGUCAGAUGUACAGUCCGCAGGGCAUCAGUGCUAAUGGAGGUUGGCAGGAUGCUACUACCCCUUCAUCAGUGACCUCCCCUACAGAAGGCCCUGGCAGUGUUCACUCUGAUACCUCCAACUGAUCUCCCAGCAAUCGCAUCCCGGCUGACCCUGUGCCCCAGUCGGGACAGGGCCAGGAGGGAGGGUUUCUCUCCCAACGCUGAAGCGGUCAGACUGGAGGUCGAAGCAAUCAGCAAACACAAUAAGAGUCUCCUUCUCUUCUCUUCUUUGGGAUGCUAUUUCAGCCAAUCUGGACACUUCUUUAUACUCUCUUCCCUUUUUUUUCUGGGUAGAAGCCACCCUCCCUGCCUCCAGCUGUCAGCCUGGUGUCCGCCAUCUUUCCUGUCCCCUCCCUCCUCUGUCCUAGACUCCCUGGGUCCCUGCCCUCAUGACAUCAUGGAAGGAUAUUUUCAACAAUUAGAGGAAUUUAAAGAGGAAAGAAAAUACAAAGAAAAUAAUAAAUGUGUUUGUACGUUUUCAUGCUGGUGGUUUGAGGAGCCAAAUUUACCUCACUCGGAUCCCUCGCCCCCUCUGUUAACAGGCAGCCCUUCUCUUGUUUCUCUUCUUACUCUCACUACCUCUUAGCAGGAAUGCACCACAUUGCCCCACUCAUUCCAGGCCCCCUGCCCCCUCUUGCUCUUCCCUCCCUGGGCUGGUUCUGCUUAGAGCACUUCCUCCUCUUCCUUCCCAGCCCCAGCUAUGCCCCGGGGACUGCCAUAGCUGGGUUUCUAAAGGUGCCAUGUUUUCUAGUCUCAGCUCCACUAGGUGGAUUCCACGGCAGGAAGUCUAGCCUCCGAGAGGACGUAAGCAACAAGAAGGGCAGAAUUCUUGAAGGCUUCCUCCUUCUCCUAACAGCUCUUGGUUUCAGAGGCACAGUCUUUGGAGACCAUGCAACACUAGUAAGCAAUGUCCAAAACCUACUGCAAAGCCAGAUCUGAGUGGGCACGGUGUUGAACCACUAAGGAGUAGAAAGUUCUUAAUCUGCAGCCCUUCAACUAAUCCUACACACACACACACACACACACACACGCACACGCACACUCAGGCACAUGUCAGCACAUGCAUGGCCUCACACAUUCAUUUUCUCCCAUUCACUCAUGUGCCACAUGCAAAGACCCACAUUAAUAACCAGCAAUUUGCCUUGUGAGCCCAGGAGAGGGAAUUAGCAACUCUGAGUGAAGGUCUCUGGCGCAGAGACACAGUAUGUGCUGGGGCUUCUGGGACCUGUAGCCCCCCAGCAUGCCCACACACCAGAACGACAUCCAGAGGACUCCAUCAUAAUGGAGGCUGUUCCUGUUCCUGCCACCUCUGGAGCACUCAGGGAGUCACACCUAGUACUUACAAUGUCUGUAAUGGAUUUGGGUCUAUUCUGUUUUUUGGUUUUCUAUGGGGGCUUUGCAUUAAUUAUUCAAAGUGUUAACAUGGCACCACGUUCUUGUUCCAGAAGGGUUGGAGAAGAUCACGGCUUAGGCAGAUUUUGCUAGUUUCAUUUGAAGAUCUGGGAGCGAUGGGUUUCGAAAGGGGGAAGUAAUGUUUUGAGUGAAAUUGUCACAGUGACUUUCAUUUCCUUGGAAUAUCCGAGAGGAGAGUACUAGAAAGCCAUUUUGUAGUGUCACCUGAGCUUACCGUCCUCAUGGACAGCUGCCCCAGUGAAGAAGAUGGUGGCUCUGUAACCCGACUAUGAUGGGAGGUGGUCACAUCUCUCCAUGCCUCAUUUUGUUCAUCUGUAAAAUGAGGAUUAUGAUGCCUGGCUUACCAAGAGGCUGGUGAGAGACUGAAGGAAUUGGUUUCAUUCAUAUCCCAUCCGUAAAUGGGAAGUCAGGGGAAGUGUCAUCGCUGAGACAAAUGGGUUUGUGCCAUGGCAGGGCAACAUAAUGGUUUUCCUGUUCCAGUUUCGGGUUACCAUCAAUACCCUGAUGUCAUUGCUGUGAUGACAAAGAGAAGAAGGGGUAUUACUGUUGCUUUUUUGUUUGUUUUAGUCGGUUUGGUUUCAUAGACUAGAGCUAAGCCUCCACACUAGAAAAAUAGGACCUGGUUCUCUUAGUUUGUACUUGAAUCCAGUAUGUGGCCUUGUAGGUGCUUAGCCUCCUGUCCCAUCUACUCUGCUUGAGAGGCCUGUGGGUGAGAGAGAAGACGCUGAGGGGGAAGGGUGGCCCGCUAACAAGGUCAUGGAAAUGGUGCAUGGCGCUACAGUAAUGAACAGAAAUUGCUCCUGUGUAUAUGCUGGGGAGAGGGGAUACCUAAGAAAACAGAAGGUGUGUGAAUUUGAAGGAAAGGCAAAAAGUAAGUUUUUGGCAAGAUGGAAUUAUGCCUUGAUGACGAAGAGCAGUGGAGAGGCUGUGUCUACUGAUCUGUGCCCCCAAUCACAGCAGAGCUCAGUAGAGGGGCUUCCUGGCAGGAUCCAUCUUGUGACAACUCUGUAGUGGUAGAAGCAGUGGAGAACCUUGCUCAGUGUCAGGGGCACACAGGAGCACGGCUGGAUCACAUGCCUGACCACACAAAGUACAGAAGAGACCUGGAACGGUUCUCUUGGCAACAGGAAGAAGGAUUCCAGAUUUGGGUUGAAUGGUUGCCAUUUUAAGUUGAUGAAACAGAUCAGAGCAGAGCCACAUUUGCACAGUUUCUCUCCCCGAAGGAGUUUGCACGGAUUCUCACCUCGCCCAGCAUCUUCCCUCCCCACUCAGACCUUUCUGUUCCAGUUUCCCGCCCACCCCCACCAUGCCCACCAUCACGUCCAACAUGGCAGUCACCAGAUCCCCCUGAUAGUAAGCAAAGCAUGGGAACUCUGGCAGCAGAAGGAAGGGGAUGGAAAGAGCGUGCCUCUGGAAAUACAGCUCCCUGGGAAUUCCUAUUCGGUCAAUCCUACAGAUACCAAAAUGUACCCCAGGCCUCCUGCAUUUUCUAAUGGGAGUGGGAACUCCCCGUUGUCCCUGGCAGCCGAUUUCCCCUGAGUAAUACUAGCCCUUGGGAUUGCCCACCUUGUAACUCUCCAUCUCAUCCUCCUUUUCACCCCUAACUCUUCCCCCUGGCGUGGAACCGAUGCCUGUGCAGUACUUCUGCCAAGUGGCACCUUCCUUACAUUGACUUUCUUUAUUUUUUUCUUUUUUUAAAUUUUGCUGUGGUGGUGGUUCUUUAUUUGCUGGUUGCCUUCUCUCACAUACCUUCCCCCGCCCCCCAGCACCUUUUCCUUCUGAGUUUUAUUUUUCUGCCCAGAAAAACCUGACUUCGAUACCAAAAAAGAUGAAACUACAGAAACUCAAAUUUAAAAAAAACUUAAAAAAUACAAAAAAAUACUCAACAAUUCUUUGAGCUUUAUUAACAUUUUCCAUUGUUUCUUGCGACUUGUGUCUCGUUCUUUGUAGUAUUGAUGAUGAACAUUUGAUAAUGAAUGUUCUUGUAUAUUCAGAUAAAGAAAAAAAAAAAACCAAAAAAGCGGUCUGAAUUUAAUAGUGUUUAUAAUAAAAAUUUUAAAAAUGACCCUCACAGCACGCAAAACAGGAUGGGGGGCUCCCCCUCUUCUUUCUGUGACAAUACACAUCAUUCCUGCGUUCGUUUUUAACACCAAACUACCUACAUGAAUCAUUUCCCCAUUUUUCUUUUAUUUUCUUGCAUUUGUGAAUUAGUUCAAGAAUGCUAGAAAAGUGUCGAGUUGUGCACAUUCAUUUCCUGUUUCACAAUGUUUAAAAGUGACGGUAAUUCAUUUUGUAAACUAAAAAAAAAAAAAGGUUGGGAUAGUGAGCAUAAUAGGUACAACCUAACACGUUAUGUUUAUUAACUUUGAGACCCAGAAAUAAAUUCUUUUCUUUCUUUAUUUCUGCUCUUUAAAAUAUAAAAAAAAAAAUUAUGUUUUGUGUUACUUUGGGUUGUUUUAUUGGGGGGGGGCUUUUUUUUUUUAAUUGUCAGGAUUAUGAUCUUGCUGUUUUUAUUCCUUACGUAAUGUAUAUGAGGUGAUGUGAAAAGAUGACAUUUGUAGAGUAGGUGGGUUUCCUUGUACUUCUGCUUUGCUCCAGAAUUCAGUUGACUUCAGAGACAAAGAUGAAGCCUGAGCGGAUGGCCCAUCACUCACCUGCAUUUCCAGAGUGUGUGGCAGUUCCGCAGUCCCUGAGGAAAAAAAAAAAAAAAAAAAAAAAAAACACAGGGACCUGGGUUCUCCUUUUGGCCCUUUAAAAAUUCAAGGAACUGUCCCGGGAGACCUUUGAUAUGGUAGAAGAUACUUUUUGCCUUUGUUGACCAUGAACGUCAUGACGAAGUGCUUUCUUUUCUUUCUUCUUGUUUAAUAACAACAUUCCGGGCGCCUUCUUACAAUGAGAGAGGAUUUUUUUUUCUUCCAGAAGCAUCCCACAGACGUCCUAGUGUCAUGGGGCAUGGGCUCCAUAGACUAGAUACUGGAGGCCGUCCCUGGGGUCAGUCGGCCUGCUGAGCCCUUGAGCCCUGAUGUUGGAUGAAGAGUUGAGAAACUGAGCCUGACUCGGGGCUCUCCUUUUAAUGCUGCGAGGUGAAGUUUGAUGCCUUGACAGCAUACAUCUUACUACCCUCGGGCUGCUGAAAAGCCAAUGGUUAAACCAGCUAGAUUUGGAAUGUUUUUAUUAGUCAUGGGAGAAAAGAAAGCAGUAUUUUCUGGAAGAAACUUACCUUAAACAUCUUUCAUUAAACAAAAGAUGGAAGUGUCCAGAAAGCACCUAGAACAUAAGCAGGAGAAGCGAAGGGGAAGAUGCAGGACUGUGGGACAGCGCGUCGCAGGUGUUUCUGCCCAGACACCUGUCCUCCUGUUCCUGAGUCAACAAAACAAUGACGAGCUUUUCACAUCACCUUCAUAGUUUCAACACCCAGCUCAAAGCUUUCUGGAAUCUUUUAUUUUUUGUAAACUUUGUUUCCCCCUUUUGUUAAAAUGAAUAAAACAUUCAAUGUUU